ACACGUGCGGACACGGAAAUAUUCGUGUGUGUUUGCUGCGCUCCAGUUUUGGUGUGGCGUUCAAGGUGAGGGGAAAACCCAGAACAAGGAGAAGAAGAAGUGACAGGAAAACGAUGGCGGUUGCUUCCAUGUAAUUCCAGAUUCUCCCCAUUUUCAGCUUCUGGGUUUUAGUUUCUGAUGCCUCAUUGAAGCCCUGCAUUGAAAUUUUGGACAAAAAGUCAAAUUCAUUGGAGCUACACAUUGAACAAAAAUUCCUUUGAGACAUUACUGUCGAAUUUUCAAGCUCGGUGCCAUAAUCUACCCGAUGUCCCUUCUGUCAAAGUUGAGAUGCGUCACAGUGGAUGUUACCGGCACUCUCAUAGCAUACAAAGGGGAGCUUGGUGAUUACUACUGCAUGGCUGCCAAAGCUGUUGGCUUGCCUUGCCCUGACUACAAAAGAGUCCAUGAAGGCUUUAAACUGGCUUACACAGAGAUGGCCCAGACCUAUCCUUGUUUUGGGUUUGCAGAAAAAAUGCCCAACAUUGUGUGGUGGAAGACGUGCGUGAGAGAUUCGUUCGUGAAGGCAGGAUACGACUAUGAUGAGGAGACGUUCGAGAAGAUAUUCAGGCGCAUAUACGCAUCUUUUGGUUCGGCUGCACCUUAUGUCGUGUUUCAGGACUCUCAGCCAUUUCUAAGAUGGGCACGUGAGAAGGGGCUUAAAGUAGGGCUUGUUAGUAAUGCAGAAUACCGGUAUAAAGACGUUAUUCUGCCUGCCUUGGGUUUGAACCAGGGAACUGAAUGGGACUUUGGUGUGUUCUCGGGUCUGGAAGGCGUCGAGAAACCGGACCCAAGAAUCUACCAGAUAGCCCUCGAGAGGGCAGGGGACGUCGCUCCGGACGAGGUUCUGCACAUCGGAGACAGCAUGAGGGAAGACUAUGCCCCUGCAAAGAGCAUAGGCAUGCAUGCAUUGCUGCUUGAUAGGUUCAAGACAGCUGCGGCUAAGGACUGGAGGGAAGACGGAGCCACUGUUCUUCCGGACUUGGCUGCUGUCCGAGAACUGCUCCAGUCUGACAAGUUGAACUUGUGAGACAUUGUCUCUCUAUGUUGUUCCAUAUGUGCAUCUGGUUCUUGAUGAAUCAAUGAUUUUCUGUACUCUUGUCUUGUUGCUAAAAAAUUUACAGUAACAGGGUAUUUUUGUCCUUAGCUCAUAUAGAUGAAUCAAAGGAAAAAUCCACUUUUUUUU